AGCGGCGGCAUUUUAGUCGACAGCGGCGGCGGCAGCCGGGCUGCUGCUCCUCCCAGCAUCCCUGGCGCGGCCAUUUCAGCCCCAUCUUGGCGGAGGGGAGGGAGCUGCAGCCGCCGCUUCAGCAGUUUGAAUUUCAGUUUCUCCGGGGUUUGCGAGCCGGGCGCAUCGAGGAGGAGCCGAAGAAGCUACCACCGCUACCUCACACAGCCGGAGCGCCUCCGCUCGCCGGCCAGCGGGCCGCCGCCACCACCACCACCACCACCACCGCCGCCCCUCACUCUCUCAGGAGCCGCGAGGGGAGGCCGAGACCGCCGCCGCCCGCCCGCGGGGGUGGCUCCUCUGUAAGCGGAGGACCGAGCUUGCUUUCCCCUCCCCCGGAGCGGGUUUCCGCCAGAGACAGUCGACAUGUCCCUGGGGCUGAGCUCCGGCUAAAGCCGGGGAGGGGGCCGCCCGCCCGCGCCGAAGCUCCGCCGCCCGCCCGCGGACCUUCAGCCAGCCCCGGCCCGCCGCUCCUGGCUGAAUUAGGAAUCCCCGGCUCCAGACUCGCCACUCCUUCCCCUUCCCUCAGCGUCCGAGAGAGCCCAGAGCUGACGCCGGCACUGGCCUGAGGAGCCCGAGCGGGGCAGCACCGCCCCUCACGCCGCCGCCUCCUCCUCCCCUUCGCCCUCCCACUCCCACCCCCAGCCCGGCCUGCUGACCGCGCUGAGCUUCGAGCUGGACUGACCACGGCGGCCCCGGAGACGGGAGGAGGAAGCAGCCGGCCCGCCCCUGGGAUCGCGCUCGCGCCGCCGCUGAGGGGAUUGAAUCGAGGCGCCGCGACUGCGGGAGGCGAAAAGGAAGGAGGAGCCGCCGCGCGAGUGCGACGGGGGCAGAGCCGUAGAGACCGACACUGAAGGAAACGGGGAGGAGGAUGUCUCGCAGGGCGGCCAGCGUCCGGAUCAGCCAGUGACUUUUCACAGCGGCGGGCCUCAGACCCCAGCGCGGACGCGGACUUUGUCUUUGGGGGCCCCUGCUCUGCCCUUCCUGGUUUCCGGCAAGAUCGCAGAGGAGCCGGCGUGCCUCUCUGCCCUCCAGCCUUCCUCACCAUGUCCAAGAUGCCGGCCAAGAAGAAGAGCUGCUUCCAGAUCACUAGUGUCACCACGGCCCAGGUGGCCACUAGCAUCACCGAGGACACCGAGAGCCUGGACGACCCGGACGAGUCACGUACGGAGGACGUCUCCUCCGAGAUAUUCGACGUCUCUCGGGCCACGGAUUAUGGCCCUGAGGAGGUCUGUGAGCGCAGCUCCUCGGAAGAGACGCUCAACAAUGUUGGGGAUGCGGAGACUCCCGGGACCGUCUCCCCAAACCUCCUCCUGGACGGGCAGCUGGCGGCCGCGGCGGCUGCUCCUGCCAACGGAGGAGGAGCCGUUUCGGCCCGGAGCGUGGCUGGGGCGCUGGCCAGUACCGCGGCGGCGGCGGCCGCCACCUCGGCCCCCUCCGCGGGAGCACCCGGCGGUCCCCCGGUCGCGGGCUCGUCUGCCGGGCCAGGGACUGCGGCCCCAUCGCAGCCCCCCACCACUUGUAGUUCCCGAUUUCGCGUGAUCAAGCUGGAUCACGGGAGCGGGGAGCCCUACCGACGCGGCCGAUGGACGUGUAUGGAAUACUAUGAGCGGGAUUCGGACAGCAGCGUCCUGACCAGGUCCGGGGAUUGCAUUAGACACAGCAGUACUUUUGACCAGACUGCGGAGCGGGACAGCGGCCUGGGAGCCACCGGAGGGUCGGUGGUGGUGGUGGUGGCCUCCAUGCCGGGGGCGCACGGGCCCGACUCGGGAACUGACAGUUCCUUGACUGCUGUGUCACAGCUACCCCCGUCGGAGAAAAUGAGCCAGCCCGCCCCGGCCCAGCCGCAGAGUUUUGGCGUUGGGCAGCCACAGCCACCGCCGCCCGUAGGUGGGGCUGUGGUUCAAAGCGCGGCUCCAGUGCCGCCGUUCCCGGGAGCCGCGGCCGGGCCGCAGCAGAUGAUGGCAGCCCCGCAGCCGAGCCAGCCCCAGGGAGCCGGCCCCGGCGUCCUCCCGCAGGGGCCCAACGGACAGGGUCUGCCGCUGACGAAUGUAACCCUGACGCAGCCCGGCGUGCCCCUGCCGCCGCAGCCCGGCCCAACCCUCGGAGCGCCAGCGACGCAGCAGCCUCCGCAGUUCGCGUACCCCCAGCCUCCGCUCCCGCCCGGGCAUUUGCUGCCCGUCCAGCCCACGGGGCAGAGUGAGUACCUACAGCCGCACGUGGCCGGCCUGCAGCCGCCAAGCCCUGCCCAGCCUUCGUCCACCGGCGCCGGAGCGAGCCUCGCCACGCCUGCCAGCCUGCCAGUGGGCACCGGCCAGAAUGCCUCCACGGUGGGUGCGCAGAUAAUAGGCGCGUCUUCCCUGCCCGGUGAAGCCGUGGCUCCGGGGCCGGGACCCGCGCAGGGCGGGCAGGCCGCGCCUGGUCAACCGGCUGGAGUGCCCCUGGCCGCUGUAGGAUGCGCGGUGCAGCCGGGCCUGGUUCCCCCUGGGACCGGGCAGCCCCAGUCCGUGCCUCCGCCGCAGAUGGGCGGCAGUGGUGCGCCGUCGGCCGUGCCUGGCGGCCCCCACGCCGUGCUGCCCGGAGUUCCAAACGUGCCUGCAGCCGUGCCCGCUCCAAGCGUGCCUAGUGUAUCUACCACCUCUGUUACUAUGCCAAAUGUACCCGCGCCUCUGGUCCAGUCGCAGCAGCUGAGCAGCCAUACGCCAGUCAGCAGGAGCGGCAGCGUAAUCCAGCAUGUUGGGCUGCCCUUAGCGCAAGGCACACCCAGUGUACCAACAAGUCUACCACAGUCUGACUUAAGCCAGUUUCAGACUCAGACCCAACCUUUAGUCGGGCAAGUUGACGAUACUAGAAGAAAAUCAGAACCCCUACCUCAACCACCACUUUCUCUCAUUGCUGAAAAUAAGCCUGUUGUGAAGCCUCCUGUUGCAGAUGCCCUGGCAAACCCCCUUCAGUUAACACCUAUGAACAGUUUGGCCACCUCUGUAUUCAGCAUAGCUAUUCCUGUUGAUGGUGAUGAAGACAGGAAUCCUUCAACUGCUUUCUACCAAGCGUUCCAUUUGAACACGUUUCAGGAAUCAAAGAACCUCUGGGAUAGUGCAUCUGGGGGAGGUGGUGUAGCCAUUGACAACAAAAUAGAACAAGCAAUGGAUCUGGUGAAAAGCCAUUUGAUGUAUGCAGUAAGAGAAGAAGUGGAAGUUCUAAAGGAACAAAUAAAAGAAUUAGUCGAAAGAAACUCUUUACUUGAACGAGAAAAUGCACUGUUAAAAUCUCUUUCAAACAAUGAUCAAUUAUCCCAACUCCCAGCCCAACAGGCCAAUCCUGGUAGCACUUCUCAACAACAAGCAGUGAUAGCACAGCCUCCGCAGCCAACGCAACCUCCACAGCAGCCGAAUGUCUCCUCAGCAUAAAGCUUUCUUGCCUCAUUAAGAAAAAAACUGAAAGCAAUCUAUCCUUGUGUGCCACUGGUAUUCUUUCCACUUUAUACGAAAGCAAGUAGCCAUGCUUCGGUUGUGUGUUUGGCCUUUUCAGUAUUAGACAAUCAUUCUACAGGAGCUUUUCCUCUCUUUGAGAUGUCAUGCAGCGCUGUUGAUGUCCAGUUUUAUGUCAUCAGUACACAAGGAGAAUAAUAGGUGGGGUUUAUUAAAGCAAGCCGAGUCUGCAUUUUACCUGGUGCGCAUGAGUGGGGUCUUUUCAGAGCUUUGGUGGCUCUCCCAUGUUUCCUAUUACCCGUGGAUUUACCCUGAGCCUUCCUCGCACAUUAUAAAUAACAGUUCAUCUAAAGAGCCACUUUUCUUUCAAUAUCAGUAACAUUUGCCUACGUAAGUUUUCAUUUAUUUGUGUUUUAUUUAUUACAGGGCUGCUAUUUUCAUAAUGUACAUGAACAAUGUCACAGAACUUUUUUAAUUUUUUUGAAUAAUUAUAAGUAUCAGUAAAGGAUUUGAAAGACAGGAUUGCAUUUAAUAGAUAAAAUGUUUAGGCAAUAAUUGAACAAAAGAAUCCUGGCAUAUUUCUAACACUAAUGGCAAUUUACCUUCGGUAUUUAUUUUCAGUAGUAAAGACCCAGCUUGAAUGUAAAUUUUGUAUAGUGUAAGUAUGAAGAACAUAGUGCAACUGUACAGGUAGUCACCAGUUAUUGUGAUAUAAUAAAUAAUUGGGCUAUUUUGAUGAAGAAAACUUUGUUCAUUUGUUUCUACUUUCUAAUAGAGAAAUUGCCACGAUUCCUCUGCUUUUUGACAUUUCGUAUGACUUUCUUUUUUCGGGUGGGAAUAAAAAGCUGUGAAAUUGUUCAACCUACUUUGUAACCAAAGAAGCAAAGCUGUGUAAUGGAGUUUUUUUUUAUAAUGCACAUUCUUUAUGUAUUUUUAUUUAGUGUUUUCUCGGUCACAAUUUUCUUUGCUGUCUAGCAUGAUCUGCAUGACCUAUAAUCUUUGAACCACUUUCGUACCUCAUGUUUUUAUCCAGCACUCUUAUUGUAAUAUGUACUAGUCUGUGAACAAUGUCAAAUAAAAGAACGAACAGGUAGUAUGGUGGAGCUGAGCUAGUGUCCCAUACACUAGUUGUAAAAAAAAAAAAAAAAAAAAAAAAUGAAGUGAGCCAUCUUUUGUUCAUUUAAAAUGGUGUUUUGAAUUUCGUAUGCAGAAAACGUUUUGUUACAUUGCAGAUUUUAAUGUAUUUAAUAAAUGCAACAUGCAGAUUAAGUGCAGUGUAUACUGAGUAUUUAAAUUAAAAUGUACAUUUCAUAAAUACAGUUUCAAGAGAAAGCAUCAUUUUGUGUAUACUAACACAUUAAGUGUAUGUCAGAAAUUGAUGUAUAAAUAUAUAUUUUAACACAUUUUCUGAAAUUAAACUGCAGUUUUGUUGAAAUGUUUGGCUCUAUAUGUGUUCAAAAUUUAAUUUGAUUAGAUUUGUAUUUUCACAGUUCAAGAUAUUCCUUAAAUGAAAACCUGUGUUCUUAAUGAUUUAAUGAUAGUUCUUAAAUUUUCAAAGUAAAAUAAUUUAAGAAUGCAAGAAUGGUGAGCAAUAUUUGUACUCAAGAUUCAUAUUAUGUCAGUGACCUUUAAGUAAGAAAUCCUUGUCUACCAAAACUUUUACUUGAAUUCAGAAAGGUGCCUGUAGAAAACUUAACAUGCUGUGUGUCGAUAGCCAGCUAGCUAAUCAGGAGUUAAUGGGAACCAAUAGUUAGCUCUCUGCGUUGUUAAAAGAGGAUAAAUAACUGUUCUUUGUCUAUUUAAAAUUAAAACUUCAUCAGAUUUAGCCAUAAAGGAAAUGCAUAAAAUUGGGGUGUAUGUAGGAUUACCAAAUAUUUUAUGUUCUAGUUGUGCUGGAGGAUACAUUGUUGAAUAUAAAUAAAAUUUUAAUGUUAAUGAAUAAUAUGAGAAAAAACUAAGGAACUAAGGACAUAAGCUUGAGAAGUAAUCCUGUAGGUGUGGAACAGGAUUCUAAGUAGAGUCACCACCAGUGCGUUAGGAAAUGAAACUUCCGUGUUGGAAUGUCAAUCACAAGGCUCACCAGGUGUGCUCCUCAAGUCCAAAAAAAGUGUGAUAUUUAAAACUGGCAGAGAAAAACUAGUAUUAGAAAAGGUUGAGAUUUUUGUGAAAAUACAAAUUUUGGUUCUUGGGAUAGAAAAACACUUCAUAAAGUAAUCACAAAGGAAAUGAUUGAUAAUGUUAAUUUAAAAUGGUAAUUAAAAGCAAUUAUUACUAUUUUUGCAUUUAAAAAAAAAAAAACCACCACAGUAGAAAAUAUGGGUAGUUCACAGAAGAAAUAAAUGGCAGUUUCUAAAGUUUCAGUCUCUAGUAACCUAAGAAAUGCAAAUUAAUAUUUAAUGAAUUGUUAUUUGUCUUUUAAAUAGCAGGACCUAAUGUAGAAAGGCAAACUUUCCUGUGUACUUCUAGAAAGUAAUUUGACAAUAUGUAUCAAGAGCCUUAAAUAUUAAUAAACUUUUCAGUUUAAUGACA